AUGAGGAAGCCUGAGGAGAUCAACAAGGAGGAAUACUCUGCUUUCUACAAGAGUCUAAGCAAUGAUUGGGAAGAGCAUUUGGCUGUGAAGCAUUUUUCUGUUGAAGGACAGCUUGAGUUCAAAGCUAUCCUCUUUGUUCCUAAGAGAGCUCCUUUUGAUCUCUUUGACACUAAGAAGAAGCCUAACAGCAUUAAGCUCUAUGUUCGUCGUGUUUUCAUCAUGGACAACUGUCAAGACAUCAUUCCCGAGUACCUUGGCUUUGUCAAAGGUAUUGUUGACUCUGAAGAUCUUCCUCUCAACAUCUCACGAGAAACGUUGCAGCAGAACAAGAUCCUUAAGGUCAUCCGCAAGAACCUCGUGAAGAAGUGCCUCGAGCUCUUCUUUGAAAUUGCUGAGAACAAGGAGGACUACAACAAGUUCUACGAAGCAUUCUGUAAAAAUCUGAAGCUCGGUAUCCACGAGGACUCACAAAACAGAACCAAGAUCGCUGAGUUGCUCCGUUACCACUCAACCAAGAGCGGCGAUGACUUGACCAGCCUCAAGGACUACGUGACAAGGAUGAAGGAAGGUCAGAAGGAUAUUUUCUACAUCACUGGUGAGAGCAAGAAGGCUGUUGAGAAUUCUCCUUUCCUGGAGAAGCUCAAGAAGAAAGGGUAUGAAGUUCUUUACAUGGUUGAUGCGAUCGAUAGUAUGCUAUUGGACAGCUUAAGGAAUUUGAAGGGAAGAAACUUGUAUCUGCAACCAAGGAUGGAUUGA